AAGAGAGGAGCAAGUCCACAGGGUCCGACGGCGCGCUCCCUCCGCGGCCCUCGGUGAUGACGUCAUCCAGGGCUAGCCCAGCCUAGGGAAGACCCUUUUCCAAGUCCUACCGGAGCAUGAGUGCUGGGAUUGCAAGCAGAUACCACAACACCUUAGGUGGUGCUGAGGAUAGACCCCAAGGCUUUGUACAUGCUAAGACUUUUAUGGAAGCCAUUUGGAUUCUCAAGAAUUCUACGAGUAGGAGGGUGCAACCCCACUGAGUCAGUAUCUCUGUUUGCACUGGCAUGGACAACACAGGCCCUGAAGCUUAGGAAAGCACCUGAUACUUUCUUGUUGGAUCAAAGAAAAGUUUUCUCAACCAUGACAGAAAUCGCAAAUAAGAGAGACCCUGAAUUAUUUUCACCACCCUCUGAUGUUCGAGGAAUGACAAAACUUGAUAGAACAGCUUUCAAAAAAACAGUCACCAUUCCAGUGCUUAAAGUGAGGAAAGAAAUAGUCAACAGGUUGAUGCGAGCCCUGAAAAGAGCAGCACUGCAGCGCCCGGGUAUAAAGCGUGUGAUUGAAGAUCCAGAAGAUGAAGACAGCCGACUGAUUAUGUUGGAUCCCUAUAAAAUGUUUACUCAUGAAUCCUUUGAGAAAGCAGAGCUCAGUGUUUUAAAAGAACUUGAUGUCAACCCACAGUUAUCUAAAUAUAAUUUAGAACUAACUUAUGAAAACUUUAAGUCAGAAGAAAUUUUGAAGGCUGUGCUUCCUGAUGGUCAGGAUGUGACCUCAGGAUUUAGCAGAGUUGGACAUAUUGCACACCUGAACCUUCGAGAUCAUCAGCUACCUUUCAAGCAUUUAAUUGGCCAAGUUAUGAUUGACAAAAAUCCAGGAAUCACCUCAGCAGUAAAUAAAAUCAGUAAUAUUGACAAUACAUACCGAAAUUUCCAAAUGGAAGUGCUAUCUGGAGACCAGAACAUGCUGACCAAGGUUCGAGAAAAUAACUACACUUAUGAAUUUGAUUUCUCAAAAGUCUAUUGGAACCCUCGUCUCUCUACAGAGCACAGCCGUAUCAUAGAACUUCUCAAUCCUGGAGAUGUUUUAUUUGAUGUCUUUGCUGGGGUUGGGCCCUUUGUCAUUCCAGCAGCAAAGAAAAACUGCAUAGUAUUUGCCAAUGAUCUCAAUCCUGAGUCUCAUAAAUGGCUGUUGCACAAUUGUAAAUUAAAUAAAGUAGACCAAAAGGUGAAAGUUUUCAACUUAGAUGGGAAAGACUUCCUCCAAGGACCAGUCAGAGAAGAAUUAAUGCAGCAUCUGGGACUGUCAGAAGAAGCAAAACCCUCGGUCCACAUUGUCAUGAACUUGCCAGCAAAGGCAAUAGAGUUUCUCAGUGUUUUCAGGUCCCUUCUGGAUGGGCCGUGCAGCAGGGAGCACCUCCCCACCGUGCACUGUUACUGCUUCUCCAAGGAUGGUAAUCCUGCUGAGGAUGUUUGUCAGCAGGCAGGAGCUGUGUUAGGCAUUUCCUUGGAGGCCUGCAGUUCAGUUCACCUCGUAAGAAAUGUGGCUCCUAACAAGGAAAUGCUGUGCAUCACCUUCCAGAUUCCUGCUGCUAUACUCUACAAGAACUACAUCAGUCCAGAGAACUAUGAAGAUCGACCUCUUAAACGACAGAGGACAGAUAAUGUCUUUUCAGAAGAAAAAACAUAGACUGCAUCAGAUUCUUGGUCUGAAAUGUUUUCUUCAUCUCCCCACUAGACUUUAUGUAGGGAAAUAUAAUUUGUAUGAUUGUAUAACAUUUUAAUAUUCAAAUACUUUCCUAUUGAGCCCUUAUGUUUUGCUUUUAUAAAUUGAUUAUUACUAAAUUAAAAUUUAGUUGAAAUAAGUCAAA